AGUGAAAAUCUACAGAUGGAGACAGUCUCUUAUCCUGUAUCAUUCCAGUCUCCCGGUGAUCCCAUAUUAUCCACCUCGUUACUCAGACACUUUGGGGACAGGGACUCUCCAGCACGUGUACAAUUACGAGGUGACAAUGGCUUAAAAAAGGGUGACAAUAAGUAAACACAAACUAUGGGUCAAAGCUUGGAGAGGGUUGAUGAAGCGGGUGCGCUGAAAACAGUUCGGAUGAAGGAGAAGUCCUCCGAAGGAUCCCAGAUGUCGACUCUGGUGAGUGGACUCCACCACAAUGUUUACUUUAAAAUUAAUCUGAAUAAUAAUUACAAUAAAACAUUGAUAAUACAUAAUUGCAAUCAUAAUUAUGAAUUCUAUACAUUUAUUAUCAUUAAUCUUACUAGUAUCAUUAUUAUUAUUAUUUCAUUGUUUAAUAUACAUUAUUUUAUUAUUCUAUUUUUUUCUUCAAAUAGAACUAGUUAUUGUAUUCAUUUUGUUAUUUUCUCAAAAAUAUUUGUCUUACAAAAGUGUGUAAUAUCGCAGCGCGUUCUCCUUUUAGCAGUAUUAUUUCAGGACCAUGGACAGCGCUGUGUGUGUGUGUGUGUGUGUGUGUGUGUGUGUGUGUGUGUGUGUGUGUGUGUGUGUGUGUGUGUGUGUGUGUGUGUGUGUGUGUGUGUGUGUGUGUGUGUGUGUGUGUGUGUGUGUGUGUGCACGUAGCUGAGACGGUACUAUGAAUGAAUGUUUGUCCAAGGAAAGGGUCACCGUCUCUUUUUUUAUUAUUGUAUCAUAUAAUAGAGCAGGUAGGAGCGUUGUUAUCGAAAUAUAUUUGCGUGCUUGCGCGUGUGUGUCUAGAAAUUCUGAGCGGAUAUGCAGUUUGAACUCUAAGUGACGCUGUUGACCAGGCAAAGAUUUUAUUCCAACAUUGUCGGUCAGUAUUUUUCGCUUCUGCACAUCGAGCUUCGACAUGAAGGGAGAGGUCUUGGUAGAAGGAACACGGCGAAGAAUCGCGAGGCCUAGAUGCGUUUUUUCUUUCGAAGCUCUUUAGGAUUAGGCUACAAUAUUUGGAUUAUAUAACAGAGGCCAGAUUUCUUUAUUUUUUGUCUGGAUCGUGGAUUUAACAAUGAGAAAUCAAGUAUCUCUCCGACGACCAUCUGCAUUAUGGCGACCAUGUUUUGGACUGCGACUGAAACUCGGUCUGCUGAUUUUCUUCCUUUACCUCGUUAAUAUGGUAGACUGUCAACUCCGGUACUCAAUCCCCGAAGAGAUGAAAAAAGGAUCUCAUAUUGGUAAUGUCGGCCAAGAUUUGGGUUUGGAUCUGCAAAGGCUUCGUAAAGGCCGAGCGCGCAUCCUGACCGGAGAAACUCCCCAGUACGUUGAGCUCCAGACAGACAAAGGGAUUUUAGUUGUGAACGAGAGAAUAGACCGAGAGCAGCUUUGCGGCGAUAUCACACCGUGCAGCCUCAGCUUCGAAAUCAUUUUGGAAACCCCUAUGGAAUUGCAUCGCAUCAUCGUGGAAGUUUUAGAUGUAAAUGACCAGUCACCUGUCUUCCCCGCUAAAGAUAUUAAUUUAGAGAUCAGUGAGGCAGCUACGCUUGGAUCGAAAUUUUCCCUGAUGAAUGCGGAGGACUCUGAUGUCGGGAUAAAUACACUUCAGAAUUACGUUUUGACCCCUAACGAUCAUUUCAUAUUAAAACAGCAAACCAAUACGGAUGGGAGUAGAUACGCUGAAAUGAUUCUUCAAAAAACACUAGAUAGAGAACAGAACGAACACAUGUCUUUAAAGCUAGUCGCAGUAGACGGUGGAACUCCCCAGAGAUCCGGUACAGUCAAUAUACAUAUCACUGUGCUAGAUAAUAACGAUAACGCCCCAGUGUUUAACCAAUCAGUAUACACCGCAACAGUGAUAGAAAACGCGUCAUUGGGCACCCGGGUUGUUACUUUAAAUGCAACUGACGCAGACAGUGUCUCCAAUGGUAUAAUAACGUAUGGUUUCGCCCAAGUCAAGGAAAAUAUAGCUAACACGUUUGUGAUAGAUGAGAAGACGGGGGUUUUAUCUGUUUCUGGAAAUAUCGAUUUUGAGAAGGACAAAAAGUUUGAGGUAAGAGUUGAGGCGAGGGACCAGGGUGGUUUAACAGAUACCAGUAAAGUUAUUAUUGAGGUUUUUGACAUCAAUGAUAAUGCACCCGUUAUUAAUAUCAUGUCAUUUUCCAACCCUGUUUCAGAAGAUUCCCCUCAAGGGACCACAAUUGCUAUUAUCAAUGUGAAGGAUUUGGAUUCAGAGAGAAACGGACACUUAACAUGUACUAUCGAUGCUAAACUGCCAUUUAAAAUCCUGUCAUCGUUGACAGAUUAUUUCAGUUUAGUAUCUGAUUCCAGUUUCGACCGAGAGAUUUCUCCAGAAUACAACAUCACAAUAACAGCCACAGAUUCAGGGUCACCUCGCCAAUCUUCCUUCUUGACACUGAGACUAACUCUAUCUGAUGUAAAUGACAAUGCACCAGAGUUUGCUCAGCAAAGCUACGACGCUAUUGUCGCAGAGAAUAACUCUCCUGGUUUAUCGAUAUUUACUCUAAGUGCAAUCGAUUCCGACUGGAAUCAAAAUGCAAGAAUAUCCUAUUUCUUAGAAGACACUCGUGUGGGUGGUACAAGUAUCUCUACUUAUGUAUCUAUCAACUCUGAAACUGGGGUCCUGUAUUCUGCACGCUCUUUUGACUACGAGCAGAUUAAAGAUUUUCAGUUCCGUGUUAAAGCUCAAGAUGGAGGCUCUCCUCCCCUCAGUAGUAAUGUGAGUGUGAAAAUACUGAUCCAGGACCAGAACGACAACGCCCCUCAGGUUCUGUAUCCAGUCAAGACUGGUGGAUCUCUGGUGGCUGAAAUGGUGCCUCGUUCAGCAGAUGUGGGCUAUCUGAUCACUAAAGUGGUGGCUGUUGAUGUGGACUCUGGACAGAAUGCCUGGCUCUCCUAUAAACUACAGAAAGCCACAGACAGGGCGCUGUUUGAAGUGGGCUUACAGAAUGGAGAAAUAAGAACUAUCCGCCAAGUCACUGAUAAAGAUGCAGUGAAACAAAGACUGACUGUUAUAGUGGAGGACAACGGACAGCCCUCUCGUUCAGCUACAGUCAUUGUUAACGUGGCGGUGGCGGACAGCUUCCCUGAAGUGCUCUCGGAGUUCACUGACUUUACACACGACAAGGAGUACAAUGACAACCUGACUUUUUACUUGGUCUUGGCUUUGGCUGUGGUUUCCUUUCUCUUCAUCACGUGUUUAGUGGUGAUCAUAUCAGUGAAAAUCUACAGAUGGAGACAGUCUCGUAUCCUGUAUCAUUCCAGUCUCCCGGUGAUUCCAUAUUAUCCACCACGGUACUCUGACACUUUGGGGACAGGGACUCUCCAGCAUGUGUACAAUUACGAGGUGUGCAGGACCACUGACUCCAGGAAGAGUGACUGUAAGGUCGGCAACGCUGGUAGUCAGAACGUUCUGAUAAUGGACCCCAGUUCUACAGGGACCAUGCAGCGAAUACAGAGUGAAAAGAGCAUCCUGGAUGAACCAGACUCUCCACUAGAGGUUAGUAAAAGAAAUAUUUGGAUUGUAAAAAAUUAUUGAUUCC